UGUCAAUGCUGAACCCUGCAGCAUAUGGGGAAUGGAGAAGUGUGAUGUUGCCUGUGGGUUUCCUCCUCAUUCACAGGCUGAAACUGAAGAACAUAUUUCACAGAAGUGUGUGGAUCUUUAUCCCUUCUGCAAAGAAAUUAAUCUGAAACUACAUGUAAACAAUACUCGACCAAAUAAGAAACUGGACAUCAAGAAACUGACCUAUGGAGCAAUGACUGAAGUGACCCACUUUGCAGAAAAGUUGUGUGGAACAUUUGAGCAGAUUUGUGUUGACAUCCUAAAUCACAAUCUGGAUCUUGAUUUGCAAUGUGGAGAUUCUGACCUCGCAAGAAGUAUUGUGGCACGAAUUCCUGCUGUACUGGAAAAAAGGAAACUAUUAAGCUAUGUAAAAAGCCACAAUAAUAUCAAUAGCUCAACAAACGUGAAACUGGAUUCCCAGAACAACCCAAAUUCUGAUGCAGCUAGUGCUGGUUCUUCCCAGGCUGCAAUCAUAGACCAAGAUGUAAAUAGUUCUCCUGACAUAGAACACCAAAAUGAGUUUGAAUUGAAGCUCUGGCAAUUGAGGGAGAACCAUAUUCAGCAAAUUCUCUCAAUGCCUCAUGAAGAACAUUGUCCACUUUAUUCUUACUCCAGAUGCAAGAAAGUAGGCAUUGAUUUCAAUGUAGGAUCUGGAGUAAAACAGAAUCUCGAUCCUAAAUUACUAACCAAUGGGAUCAUGGUUGAACUUGGUACUUUUGCCACAGCUUUACUCUCAGCACAAAAGUAUUUCAUCACAGAGAUACUGGAGUACAAUUUUCAUCUUGAUUUCCACAAUGAGCUGUAUCGCCGUACCUUUGCACAUAAAACUAUUCAACAAAUACGUUUGAAUGCAAAGAAAAAAAAAUCUCAAAUGAAAAUACAGUUUGAACUCCCUGACACGAGGUGCAUACCAGAACCUACCUUUGAGAGACAUUUAUAUUGCCCCAAAUGCUAUCAAGUCAGAAAUCAUAAGCAUCGUCAGGAUGAAUCUGGCUCUGGUCACAUGCAUCAUCCUCGUCCACAUACCAUGACUGAUGCAGGCUCUACUGAUGCAAACUGCUCUGCACGAAAGCCAGCAAAGGAUCCGUCCUCUACCUUCUCAGAAAUAGAGGAGAUGAUAAUGGACAACUACCCUCUCUGCAAGGAAAUAGGUUUGAGCCUGUGUGUGGACAAAGACAAGCCAAAAGACAAGCUUGACACGCAUGUAUUGACAUACUCGAUCAUGGUUGAACUUACUAAUUUUGCCAAAAGAAUAUGUGGAACAAACUACAAGAUCAUUAGUGAUGUCAUUCAACACAACUUCAACACUGGUAUGCAGGGGCAAGUAGUAACUACUAAAUUGCAGUUCUACAGAGAGACAAAAGAAAAAGAUGUCUCGCUCUCCUGGCUCAAUGAAGUAUUUGUCAUUCAACCAUUACCCAUCGACAAACCUAGAAUUGUAGGUAUAAAGAAAUCACCAGCAGUUGUGCAUGGAAGUGAAUGGAUGGACAGUAUUAAAAAAAGAAAACUGGCACUGCAAACAAAAGUGAAAACAGACAAACUUCCUAGUGUCGUAAAGAUAUCUGAGAAACGUCAGAAUCAAGAAAUCUGUUAUCCCAUUUGCACAGAGAUGGGUUUGGAUCUAGAAGUGACAUCUAAAUCUGGAGAGAGAAAACAAAAAUUGGACUUGGAGCAAUUGACGAGAGCUGUUGUGUUUGAGAUAUAUAAAUUCGUAGGUACGAAAAGGGGAUGCUAUUUUCCACACACUGUGUAUGAGAUCCUCGAUUAUAACUUUGAUAUUAGCUCACAACAUCACAGGAGCUGGGAAUUUUCAAUUACUACUGCAUCCAAAUUUAACAAUAUGGUCAAGUCAUAUCGGAAAUAUAAAAAUAACCCAGAGAAGGUCUUCAAAUUGCCAUUUGUGUUUGAACGCCGGGCUUCACAAAAAAUCAGCGAGAAGGCACAGAAAAGGAAAUGUACCACGUAUCCCAUGGAAGUUCCAGCCAAGAAAAAGAACAAGGAUCAUUUUGUGCAACAAGCAAGAUACCAGUCAGAUGAAAAUCAUGUGCAUUUUCUUGAUGGUGCCAAAAUUUACGAGAAAACUCUGUUCCGUAACGAGGACACCAAGUUGCCAACAGAUCCGGGUACGAGUCAAGUGGGUGCAGGUUGUGUCGGCCUUCUUCAGGGAAACCUUCAGAUAAAAGAGGAGGAAUAUGAUCCAUGUUAUCGGAAUAUGAAUCCAGAACCAGACAUGGAGAAACAAUAUUAUCCACUUCAUGAAGUCAAAACGGAGUCAAAAGCUGAAGAUGCCGAGCACUUAGUCCCAGGCGAACCUACAGAACGUCUUAGAUUUACUUUUCUCAAAUCAGAAAAUGAGAAUCUUCAGUGUUUGCUGGCUGAACCACAAGGAUGUGCUGUAUCUCCAAACACUGCCAGGACCGUAAUAACUGAAUGGGACAGGGAGGGUGUGACGUAUUUAGUCCCAGUUGAAGCAGCAGGGUGCCUGGGAUCCUCCAUGGUAACCACAGGUCAGGGCAAUAAGUGCACAUCGAUCAAAGAAGAGCAAGAAAAUGUGCCAGUUGACUCGCACAGUUCAGGAGUUCACAAAAAUGAAGUGGGCAUCUAAUGGGAACAAGUUUCUUAAUGUUCUGGACUAGAGUUAACAAGAGAGACCUUUUGUUUUCUAUUAAACGGAUGCUGUUUUUUUUAAUGCUAUGAAAACCUCUUUCUCGUUGGGGUAAAUGUAGAUGAUGACUUAAUGCAAAUUGGCAGGAAUGCAUACUUUUACAAAGCUCAUUGGUAAACCUUCCUUAAAACAAUGGAGGCUCAAAAAGAUGGAAACAUCUGACAAUGCUUUCAGUAUACAGUAUAGGAACUGUCCAUAUUCAUGGUUUUAAGUUUUUUUUAAAAUGUUUUAUUGUGCCACACUAUUUCACUAUUAUUUAAACUUUUACUUUUCCUCUGUGGUAAGCCUGGGUCAUUUCAAGUUUGUAUUAAUUUGUAUAUUGAUCUUUUGACACUGAAAUUUACUCAAUAGAUUGCAGAUUAUAGUAUUAUGUUGCAUUACGUUUCUUCACUUGUUCUACCACGUUAUAUGGUACUAGUGCCUUUUCUGACUUCAUACCUCCUAUAGUCAUUUAAUUCUAUUUUUUUUCCAAUGGAAAAAACUCUGAAAUUUCUGUAAAUUACUAAAACUGUCAAUUUCUUGAAGCUGUGACAUAUCUAGGUAAAGAUGAAUCUGUCAGUGAUUUCGUCAUUAUUGAUAUACACUACAUUAAGGAAAAUUACCUGGUUCUUUAUGUAUUACUAUGUUGCUCAUUUCUGUUUAAGUACAUUUUAUAAAAACUAUUUUGAAAG